GUCGACUAUCGUAGUUAGCUGAGAGACAUGAAAGCGUGUACUAACCCAAAGCUGACUAGAUCGUUUGGUCUUUGACAGCCGCGCGUUUAUCGAUAGAAGCAACACAACUGCUUAUUUUUCGACGUUUUACGGCAAUUUUGGGGCACGUUUUUGACGUUUCAAAGGGGUAAGGUGCGCGAUUCAAGUCGGAAUUGAUGGAACUCAGUGGGGGUUGGUAGAUUGGUUGAGUGAUUUUUUAAUUUUGUGCUGGUUUUUGAGUGUGUUGGAUACUAAACAGCGCUAGCUGAGUUUUGGGAGUUUAUGGAAGUAUAUUGAGAUUUUGUGGCAACUAGUUUCGGUCAACCUGAUCAUCAUCAGGCCUGCAAAACAAGUACAAUUUACACUGAUGCUAUAAAAGUAGUCACCAAAUUUCAAGAGCCAUUGCAGUUCAUCAUGACUUAACCAAUCUAAAUCUCGAUCAAACCACAUCAAAUUAGUGCCAUAUAAACCGCAUUUUUGCCACUUCGUCACAAAAUGAAUCCAAAAUAACCACAAAUGGCCCUAAAACUUCGAAAAGACAUAAAAAAAUCCAGUUACUACGUGUGGUUUCUAGGUGCAAAAGAAUCAAAAGGCUUACGAGGAUCGGAAUACAUACUACCGGUCAUACAACAUCUCGAAGAACGCGAAAAGGACAUAGAACCCUUCAAAGUAACCCUUCAAGUAUCCCACAAAGGUCUGAAAAUAGUUCAAAAUGUAGUAUCGCAAAAUCAAAAAAAUUCCAAACCCAAAAACGAAACGAUCAAGCACUUCAUACCGCACAGUACGAUCACUUGCGUUUAUCAGCAGGACGAUAUCAUCGCGUGUAUCCUGCUCCUGUUCAAUCCUGUUACUAAGUGUCCUUUGCACGUGCACGCGUACCGAUGUGAUAGUUUGGAGACUGCCACGUUGCUGAAGAAUCAGCUGCAGACUUUGAUUGAGCGGCCGGAGAACCAAAAGAAGUUUUCGGAAAUUGAGAGUAGGUUGAAACCACAAAAGGAACUGAAAAAGGUUGAGAGUAGUAUCGGGAGUGACACAGGGACCUCUACGAGGGAGAGCGAGAGCAGUGAGGAACGAUAUGCCGUCGAAACGACACGAGUCACAACCCUGUACGACUCAGUGGCGGCGGAGCUUCGCGCCAAACUGGGCAAAAAGAACUCUCCCAUCCUUCUACCGCCCCGCGACUACGACACUGUCCACAGGACGAAGGGCAACCUCACGGGCAUCGAAUUGAGGCGGUGCCUCAAUGCCAACAUCGUCGGGCAAAACAUCAAAGGCAGGAGGAUAGAAAGCAGCGGGGGUAGUUCGGGAAUCGGAUCGGAUCAUCCCCCUAGUCCUGAGUCACCCGACGCCCCUGAUUCCAGGUUUAACACGUUGGAUAAUCAGAGCACUAGUGAUGAAGAUUGGAAUGGGGAUCCUGCAGAAUCCACAGUUUAUCUUAUGCACCAACCAGCUCCCAUACACAUUCCUAAACCUCAAAGGGAUAAAUCUCCAGAACCCUCUCAAAGAUUUUCGAGAUACGCCGAACCGCAAAGUCCAAAAUAUGAAAAACAAAAUCCUAUGUAUAGGCCGAACAAACAAACGAGAGAGGAAGCCCAGAAAUAUAUCGAAAAGCCGCUCACUAAAUACAAUGACAACAAAUACAUAGAAAGACAAAGAAGCCUCGAAAAAGAGAAAUAUCCGAAUAACAAAUUUGUCGAAAGACAGAGGAGCUUAGAGAAAGAAAAAUUUACCAGAAACUAUGAUAGAGAUGGGCGUCCGGGUAGCGUGGAAAAAGGAGAAAAAUAUGGAGAAAAUAGAUACUACUACCAAGGAGACGAAGAUAGAGAUAGAGACAAGUACGAUAGAUACUUUGAUUCCGAUCGAUAUCCCGAAAAGACCAGGCAAAUAACUGAAGAAUACUCACAAAGAAAAGAAAAAUCCAAGCCAGCUAAAUACUUCGAAGACGAUGGAUUCGACGAAAACAUCAGAUACAAAAACAGAACUCCUGAUUUCGAUAAAGAUAGCAGACAAAGAUUUACGUACGAAGAGGAAGAAUACUUCGAUAAUCGUCCCAUGCCGAAAAUUAGGCAGAGGUAUCCGUCAGACGAACUGAAGAUGUACAAAGAGAGCGGUCCGAAAAGUCCUAGUAGAAGUUCUCCUGAUGACUCAAGAUAUUACGCCGAACCAGAAAUCAAACCGAGAUCAAUACCCCGUCCCAACCAAAAAGAAAACUUCUCGAAGUCACAAUCCAGAAGCGAAAGAGAUGAAAAGUCGAUCAGAUCCCAAGAUUACUACGAAGAAUCCAGAAAAAGCGGAAUAUACAGAGCACCGACGCCAAGUUCUGAUGAUAUUAAAGCUCCCAGAGAUAGAUUCAAGGAUGCUAAAGAGAAAUUCAUGAUGAUGGAGCGCGAAAGGACCGAGAACGAAAGGAGAAGACCCGAACCACCAAUAUCUCCUACGAAUGUUAAAGAGAAGCCUUUUGGUAAAAGGUAUACUGAAGGGUUUAAUGGUAGAGAUCGAUACUUCAACGACCACAGAGCUCAUUUAGAAGAUCCGAAACCAACGCCGGCCCCAAGAAACUUCCCUGAGGAAGUCAGAUACCGCGAUCGGCAUAUAGAUUCUGAAAUCAGGUUAAGAGACAGAGACCGAGAUCGAGAAAGAGAUCCACAAUUGGACAGGUACCGUCAAGCUGAUAAAUACGACCCCAAAAGACGUUCCAUGUUUAGUUUAAUCGAAGAGGAACACAGGAAGAAUUCUAGCGAGAUUGCUAAGGAGUUGAAAAGAAGAUCGUACAUGGACGGUGGGACGUACGAGGAAGAUAUGGAUAGAAUAAAUAGAGAAAGGCAUUUCCAGGAGUUGCCUGAAGCUGACAGGUUCAUAGAUAACUAUUCGAAAUCUAGUAUCGAAUUGGAUAAAGUCGGUGAAUUAAAGUACGAUCAAAAAUUUAUUAAAAAUCAAAAACAGCCGAAAAAUUCUGCUGGUUACAGACACAGCUACGCAGAGCCCAAACUUAGGAUGGAUAAAAACGGAAAAAAUCAUUUUUCUGAAAUACUGCACAGGACUAAUAGUUCUGUAGGGAAUAAUGGGAGAGUUGGGAUAGCCAGCGUUCAUCCAUAUUGAGAUUUUAACGGUAUUUAAGUACUUUGUUAAUUUAAUAUCGUUUUAUUAAAAAUGGGCCAGUAACUUGAGGUAAAAAAUCGGUUUAAAAUUAGAGAACUAUUGGUAAUGACAACACAUAGUCCAAUGGACGCCCAUUUUAGAUCUUUUUGAGAGUUAGAACAUUCAUAGCUGUAUUCGAACGUCCAUAUAUGAACAUUAAUUUAACAGCUGCAUAUCGAUAUCUAAUGGACGUCCGUUUUUGGAUUUUAAAUUUUAGUUUAGUAGUAUUUUGACGUCCAGUCAUUAU